AUGUCAGAUACACUUGCUGAAAUAGGCCAAAGACUUGAACGGUUAAAGAGCAACACUUUUGAGAAUUCUGUAUCAACUAGUGCCCAGACUAGACGUAUAGAAGAGGACAAUAGUUCUUCUAGCCCAACGAGUGUAGAUUCCUUCGAUAACUCUAACUCUGACGGAGAAGAAGAGAUGGCUGGCAAUAACGAUGACAACCGAGCUUUGGAAGAUUAUGCUCAACCGGUUAUACCAAAUUCACCUUCGUGCAUCUUGCUGCCUACUGAAGCUAGAAAUUAUGAACUCAAAUCUUCUCAUUUUCACAUGCUUCCUUCUUUUUAUGGUUUACCUAACGAAGAUCCAUUAUCCCAUAUUAAGGAAUUCUACAAUGUUGUGAGUGGUUUACCUUUGCAGGGAGUGAGUGAAGCAAAUCUGAGGAUGAGGGUUUUUCCUUAUACAUUGAAAGAUAGAGCAAAGAAUUGGCUAAUGACUUUAGCACCUGGUUCGCUCACCACUUGGGAUGCCGUAGCUAAGAAGUUUCUGGAGAAGUUUUUCUCAACUCAAAAGACAGCUACGUUGAGAGGGCAAAUCUUUAACUUUAAACAAGAUGAUGGAGAACCUUUCAAUGAAUGUUGGGAGCGUUUCAAAGGCCUAUUGCUCCAAUGUCCACAUCAUGGGUUACCUCUUUACUUACAAAUGCAAAUUUUUUAUGAUGGACUAACCCAAACAUGUCAAUCAACUGUGGAUAAUGCAGCAGGUGGAGCUUUGAAGAAGAAGAAUGCGCAAGAGUCAUAUAACAUUUAUGAGAUGUUGGGAUCUAAUGCUCAACACAAAGAUACAAGAGGUAAACGAGUUGGAAUGUAUGAAAUGAGUUCUAAUAAUGAUCUUGCUUUGCAGGUGGCUAGUUUGGAAAAGAAGCUCGAUUCCGUGCUCAAUAUGGCGCCUAAGAUAGCUGAGGUGUGUGCCAUUUGCAACAUACCAGGUCAUCCUACUUAUCAAUGCUCAGCUAGUGAGGCUUAUCCCGAAUUCGUUCAAGAGCAAGUGAAUCUCAUGAAUUCUUACAAUCAGAGGCCGAGGAAUGACCCAUUCUCUAAUACAUAUAACCCUGGUUGGAGAGAUCAUCCCAAUCUCUCAUGGAAGAAUAACAAUCAAUUUCAAAAUUUCCAACCAAAGCCUGCCACUACACUUGAAGAUACUGUCAAAAUGCUAGCUCAGAACACCGUUCAAUUCCAGCAAACUACCAAUAGUACUCUCCAACAACAUUCAGCUGCUCUAACCAAAAUGGAGACACAAUUAGGUCAGAUUGCUGAUGCUUUGAGUCAAAGAGAACCCGGGAAAUUUCCAAGCCAACCGGUGAUACUUCAAAGGAACCAAGAGCAGGCCAAAGCGGUCAUAACACUUAGAAGUGGUAAGGUUAUUGAUAAUAGAGUUGGCAAUGAAGUUACUAAUGAAUCUGAUCAUGUGAAUGCAGGCCCCACUCAAGAAGAGCAUGAGAAACCGAAUGAAGAUCCAAGCAAUGCCACUUCUUCGUAUGAAGCUCCAAAUUUUCACAAGGCUGAAAAACCUUACACUCCUCCAAUCCCAUUUCCUGGAAGACUUGCCAAAAGCAAGCAGGAGAAGUCAUUUAAAGAAAUUUUUGAUAUUUUAAGUAAAGUGAAUGUUAAUUUACCUUUGCUUGAUGUCAUUAGGAAUAUGCCAGCAUAUGGGAAAUUUUUCAAGGAGCUAAACACUUAUAAGAGGAAGUAUGGACCUAAUGAAAAGGUGAUGGUGUCUGAAAAUGUGAGUGCUGUGCUUCAAAGAAAGCUCCCACCAAAACUCAAGGAUCCGGGCAGUUUUUCUAUCAAUAUCACCAUUGGAGACACGCUAGUUGAAAAGGCUAUGCUUGACUUGGGGGCGAGCAUCAAUUUAAUGCCCUAUUCAGUGUACCUUCAAUUAGGUUUGGGGGGUUUGAAGGCAACAACUAUUUCAUUGCAACUUGCCGAUCGAUCAGUGAAAUAUCCAAGAGGUAUAGUGGAAGAUAUCUUAGUUCAAGUUGACAAACUAAUUUUGCCUGCUGAUUUUGUAGUGUUGGACAUGGAAGAGGCUCCUAUACAUGAUCGUGAGUUACCUAUUUUGCUUGGGAGACCCUUUAUGGCCACGGCAAAGACUAUCAUAGAUGUGCAAAAUGGUCUCCUCACCAUGACUGUGCUAGGAGAAACUGUACAAUUCAAAGUGUUUGAAUCUCUUUCUCACCCUUCUAGUUCACUUGAUUGUUGUUCGAUUGAUGUGCUUGAUUCACUUGUUUUCUCUAAGUUUUUGCUGGCACAAUCCAAUGAUCCAUUACAAUAUGUUUUGAGUCAAUCUCAAGAUGAAUUUGAUGAAGAAGUGCUCAUGGAGAUGGUGGCAGCCUUGGAAGCAUUAAAACCAUAUCCCUCCACUUUUUCACCUCUUAUAGAGCCAUUAGGACCAUCUGCCACACAUCUGACCCCUUCUGUUGUUAAACCUCCAAAACUUGAGCUUAAACCACUUCCAUCACAUCUAAAAUAUGCUUACCUAGCUGAGUUUGAAACUCUCCCAGUUAUCAUAGCAUCUGACCUCACCCCUUUGGAAGAAGAGAAGCUAAUUAGGGUGCUAAAAGAGUUCAAAUCAGCCAUUGGUUGGUCUAUUGCAGAUAUCAAGGGAAUAAGCCCUACCAUGUGCAUGCAUCGUAUUUUAUUGGAGGAGGGAGCGAAACCAACUCGUGAACCACAAAGAAGGCUCAAUCCACACAUGAAGGAAGUAGUGAGAGCUGAAGUGUUGAAGUUGCUAGAUGUGGGUAUCAUAUACCCGAUUUCAGAUAGCAAAUGGGUCAGCGCUGUUCACGUAGUGCCUAAGAGGAUUGGAAUCACAGUGGUAAAAAAUGAGCAUAAAGUGCUUGUUCAAAUGAGACCUGCAGCUAGUUGGCGUGUUUGCACCGAUUACAGGAAGUUGAAUUCGUACACUAGAAAAGAUUAUUUUCCUAUGCCUUUUAUUGAUCAAAUGCUUGAGCGAUUAGCUGGUCACGCAUAUUAUUGUUUUCUUGAUGGAUAUUCAGGUUAUAAUCAAAUUGCGAUUGCUCCGGAAGAUCAAGAGAAGACUACAUUCACCUGUCCUUUUGGCACUUUUGCAUAUAGGAGGAUGCCGUUUGGCCUUUGCAAUGCCCCAGCAACAUUCCAACGAUGUAUGCUGGCAAUCUUUUCAGAUAUGAUUGAGAGAUUUAUUGAGGUAUUCAUGGACGAUUUUUCAGUUUUUGGUUCUUCUUUUGAUACUUGUCUUAACCAUCUCUCUCUAGUGCUUCAAAGAUGUCAGGAAACAAAUUUGAUUCUCAAUUGGGAAAAGUGUCAAUUUAUGGUGAAACAAGGUGUUGUGUUGGGGCAUGUAAUAUCCAGCAAGGGUAUUGAAGUUGACAAAGCAAAAAUUGACAUCAUCUCAAAUAUGGCAGCCCCUACUUCAGUGAAGGGAGUGAGAAGCUUUCUAGGACAUGCUGGUUUUUAUCGUCGUUUCAUUAAGGAUUUUUCCAAGAUCACUCAUCCAUUGUGCAAUCUUUUGGCCAAAGAUGUUGUAUUUCACUUUGAUAAAGAUUGUAUGAAUGCAUUUAAUACCUUGAAACGUGAACUAACCUCUGCUCCUAUCAUUAUGGCCCCAGAUUGGUCUUUGCCUUUUGAGCUAAUGUGUGACGCCUCUGACUAUGCUAUUGGUGCUGUUUUAGGUCAAAGAGUAAAUAAGCUGCCACACGUAAUCUACUAUGCAAGUCGGACAUUAAACGAUGCUCAACUCAAUUACUCUACAACUGAGAAGGAGUUGCUUGCUGUUGUUUUCGCUUUAGAGAAAUUUCGUUCAUAUCUUGUUGGCUCUAAAGUUAUUGUUUACUCUGAUCAUGCAGCUCUUAGGUUUUUGUUGACCAAGAAAGAUGCUAAACCACGUUUGAUAAGAUGGAUACUCUUGUUACAAGAGUUUGACCUAGAAAUUCGAGACAAGAAAGGGAGUGAAAAUGUUGUUGCUGAUCACUUGUCGCGCCUUGUUGAUGAAAACCAUGGAGAUGGACAAAUUUUGACUCUCAACGAAUCAUUCCCAGAUGAAAAACUCUUUGUCAUCCAAGAUAAAGAGCCAUGUCAAUUAUCUUGCUUCUGGUGUAAUUAG